GCAGGAGCAGGCUGCCAGGCAGGCCGGGUGUCAGUGAGCCAUGGAGGGGAGCAGGAAGGCCGGUGCCCCCACCCUGCAUGGCCGCGGCAGCUGACAUACUCAGCGGACUGGGGUCUUCAGGAGCACCUGGCACCUGGCCUAGGCCCCCACACCCCCUCCAUCGGACAGCCACUGCGGGGCACAGGAGAAGCCUCCCUCCACAGCAGAUGGUCUCCACACUCCGCUUGUCCUGUACCCACCGCCUGUGACCCCACAUCUUUCUGCCAGGACAAGCAGUGCACACCGCACGGCCAUGGGUCUCCGAGCAGGUGGUCAGGUGAACCCAGGCCUCGCCCUCCUCGUGUGGCUCACAGCCCACUGCUCUUGUCCCCAGGCCCAGGGCUCCUCCCAGGGAGGGCUGGAGGCCAGCGGGGAUGACCUGUGGGGCAGCGCCAAUACCUCCCUCCUGCACGGCUUCUGGUGCCAGCCGGCCAGCCAGCUGUCCCGGGACCAGCUUUCCACUCUCAUCCAGGGGAUGGCGUCCCAGCAGGUCCCCCUCAGGGCCUGGCAGCUCAGCUGCCUGGCCAACCUGGCCACACGGCACGGCCUCCAGGACAACUUCGAGCUCCACCCCCCCAACCUGCUGCUCUUCUACAACCUGACACAGGUAAGGGAAGCCACCUGCCGGGCCUUCACCCGCCGCGCCGCCCAGGGGGACACGGAGCUGCUUGCCAACCUGCCAGACCAGAGGUCCGCCCUACAGCACACGGCCUUGGCCUGUCUGGGAGCACCCCACCGACGGCUCAAUGCCUUGGACCUGCUGCUCCUUGGGGCCCUGGUGUGUGACAUGCACGCGUCCCGCAUUGAAACCGCAGACCCGCAUGUGCUGGAGAACUUGCAGCGCUGCCACCAGCUGACAGCCCCCCAGCAAGCUGCCCUCAACUCGCUGCUGGCCGGUGGCAAGACCGUGCUGGGGCCUCCCGGUUCCUGGAACCUGGAGGGGCUGCAGGCCCUGGGAGCCCUGGCCAGCUACAUCAGCUCCAGCCUGUGGGUGCAGGUGCAGGAGGCCGUGGGCCUGGCCUUCUUCAGCAGCAUGGUGGCCACGUACCGAGCUGGGCAGCUCAGCCAGGGCAAUGCCAGGCGCUUCGUCACAGGCUUUCUCAAGGCCAAGGCCAUGUCAGUGUCCUCUCGACCCAAGCGGGGCACAGGUCAACCCUGCGUCCGUGGGGACAUCACGGCGGCCACACUCCUCGACGACCUUUUCCUGGUGCGCUACGACUGCAUGCAGCUCGAGUCCUGCCUGGGGAGCCACGUGCUCCAGGCCAACCUGGACCCGCUCUUACAGCACCCGCUCCCGGCAGAGUGCCAGCGCGUCGUCAAGGCCAAGCUGGCUCGGGUAUACCCGCACGGUGUCCCCGAGGAGCAGCUACGACUCAUCACUUCGCUGGUCUACCUCUACUCCCGCUCAGAGAUCAGCCAGUGGAACAUCACGUCCAGGGACACGGUUGUGGCCCUGCUGGCCUCAGACGUGGCCCUGGAGAACCAGACCGAGGCUGUCCUACAGAAAUACCUGGACCACAAUGGCACCAUCACCAGCGCCCUGCUCAUGGCCAUCGGGGGCUCCCGUCUCUGCUGGAUGAGUGCCCGGCAGAUCCAGGCCAUCAGGCCAGUGGAGUUCCGGCGGGCUGGGGCCCUGGAUAUCUCCUCCUGCCCGCAGAGCCGGAAGGACGCACUCUACACCAAAGCCCGCGAGGCCUUUGGCAGCACCAGGAACACAGCUAGCUACUACCGCUUCAUGCGCCCCUACCUCGGAGGGGCCCCCGUGGAGGAGCUGCGGCACCUGGCCCAGGCCAACGUCUCCAUGGAUAUCGACACCUUCACCAACCUGAACCCCCGAGUGCUGCAGAGCCUGAGUGUCGGCAAUGUGACCACCCUGCUGGGCCAGAAUGUGGGGGACCUGCAGAAGGCCCGCAGCCACCCCACCAUCAGCUCCUGGCUCCGCAGCCUCAACACCUCGGCCCUAGGAGAGCUGGGCCUGGACACAGACACUGCCGGCCCCACCGGCCCGGCCCGCUCCACCACGGGAAUCCCGGACACCACUCCCUGGGUGUCCCAUCUAGCCCCCACCUCGGGCCAGCGGGGGAACAACGCCCCCACUUCCGGCAGCGCACCAGCCCACCUGCAAUACUGGCUACUCGCUGCAGCCCUGCCCUCAGGCCUCCUGUGGCUGCUGUACUGGGGCAUCCCGGGGCCCAGCCAGGACUGCUCCCAGGGCACCUGCACCAAGGCCUCCAAAGACAGCGCUGGCCCAGCGCCACAGGCAGAGAAACUGGGGCUGGAAGGUGGAGCUAGACACCUGCUCAGGCCCCCACCCAGGCUCCAGGGCCAGAGGACCUGGCCAUGUCCCACUUCCUAGGGGCCAACAGGGCUGGUCCCCACUCAUACCCAGCUUCCAGGACAUGGAGCUGGAAUGACGACCUGGGCCCAUGCUGUGGCCAGCCCCAUACAGGUGGCAGAGAUGCUGCCCCAAUCCUCUGGCCUCCCCCAGGAUGAAGAACUGGUACGGGGGAGGGGGCCUUGAUGACUGAUUUGAAUAAAAGACAAG